CACUCGCUGCACACCAUCAAAACCCCGCAACGUACGGACGUGCGACUGAGUGAGCUGCUAGAGGAGGAAGACUACCCGGGAGCGAUCCAACUGUGUCUGGAGUGCCAGCAGGCAGCUGCGACGUUCCGUCACUACAGCUGUAUCAGUGAGCUGAGCUCCAAGCUGCAGGACACACUGGAGCAGAUCGAGGAACAGCUGGACGUGGCGCUGUCGAAAACCUGCCAGCAGUUUGACUACGGCCACUACACGAAGGUGCAAGCUGCCUAUCGGCUCCUCGGCAAGACCCAGACGGCGAUGGAUCAGCUCCACAUGCACUUUGCGAGUGCGAUACACAACACAGCGUUCACGAUCGUCCUCGGUUACGUCGAGCUCUGCUGCGGCAACGACGACACCAACUUCCAGAAGCGGCAGUACCAGGACCUGUGCAAGGUAAGCGGCAGUACCAGGACCUCUGCAAGGUAAGCGGCAGUACCAGGACCUCUGCAAGGUAAGCGGCAGUACCAGGACCUGUGCAAGG